UGCCCCCGUGGUCCUGGUUCGGUGGCUGGUGCGGCUGCGUUCUGCCGCGCCGGGCGAGGGUGGGGGCUUCCCCCCCCCUUCCUCCAUGGGGCUCGGGGUGUCCCUUUUCUGAGCGGGACUGCAGACCGGGGGGGGGGGCGGUAUCCCCUUUUCUUUCUGUCCCCACCCCUGCCUUUGCCGCCCCCAGGCUCUACCACCCCUCUCAACGCGGAGAUGGAGUUUGACUCGUACCAACACUACUUCUACGACCAUGAUGCCCAGGAGGAUUUUCACCGCUCCACGGCACCCAGCGAGGACAUCUGGAAGAAGUUCGAGCUUGUCCCCACGCCCCCCCUCUCCCCCCUGGGUCCCCUUGGGGAGAAAGCCUGCUGGUCGGGGGCGGAGGAGCGCUCCGGCUGCCUCUCCCGCUACUGCCUGUCCGGGGACGAGCCGGAGUAUCUCAUCGGGACGGGGGAGAUCUUCGGGAACCUGAGCGCUUUCAUCCUCAAGGAUUGCAUGUGGAGCGGAUUUUCAGCCCGGGAGAGGUUGGAGAAAGCGAUGACAGAGAAACUUUCCACGGGCACGCAGAGGGCCACCCCCCACAAACCCUCCUUCGCCCAGGAUUUUGGGUUCGGCAGCUCGGUGAGCGAGUGCGUGGAUCCCGCUGCCGUCUUCCUUUGCCCGCUGGCCGAGAGCAAGAUCCCCGCGUCCUCGGGAUCCGAGGGCCAAAGCGAUUCUGAAGGGGAGGAGAUUGAUGUGGUGACAGUGGAGAAGAGGCAAUCGCUCAGCCUGAGGAAGCCAGUCACCAUCACGCUGCGUGCUGACCCCUUGGACCCCUGUAUGAAACGCUUCCACAUCUCCGUCCACCAGCAGCAGCACAACUAUGCCGCCCGCUCGCCACCAGAUGUCUGUCCCCCACCAGAGCCGGCCCAGCAGGAUGAGGACAAGCCACUAACCACCACAGAGCCAGCCCCUGUGAUCACGCUGCCCGAGCCCAGCUUGCCGAAAGCUGGCAGCAGCCCCGGCUCCGACAGUGAGGACGUGGCCAAGAGGAAAAACCACAAUUACCUGGAGCGCAAGCGGCGCAAUGACCUGCGCUCGCGCUUCCUGGCCCUGCGGGACCAGGUGCCUGGGCUCGCCAGCUGCCCCAAGACGCCCAAAGUUGUGAUCCUGAGCAAAUCCUCUGAGUACCUGCAGUCGCUCAUCAGUGCCGAGAGGAGGAUGGCAGCCGAGAAGCGGCAGCUGCAGCUGCAGCAGUCCCAGCUGCUCAAACAGAUUGCUAACCUCAAGGGGCACUAGCACCCAAUGUGCCCCCCUCCCCGGUCCCCAUGACCCUCCUGGCUCCCUCUCAAUUUGCACAUUUUUUUAAUUUUUAUUUUGGUUGUUUGUUGAACUGUUUGCCCUGGGGGGCUGGAGCAUGCGGUGGUUGCUGCGUGUGGGGUGGCUGCGGUGGCGCUCCCAGCUGCAGGAAGGCGGCCCCAGCAGGGCCCCCUGCCCGUGGCGUCGCCUGCCUGGGGCUGGCUUCUGGCACUGGGUGUUGCAACACUUCCCCUGUCCCCCCUGUGAAGCUUUCUCAAGUGACUGCUUCAAUUCAUGGGCUCAACUCCAUUCCCCCUCCCUUGCACCCCUCUCUGCUGUUUGCCACCAACAGCAUCCCUGGGAGCUGCCCCUGGGCAUCCAUCUCACCCUAAAAAUCCCAAGCAACCAUGGUCCACUUCAGCUCAGGGAAGCAGGUGGAGGUAGACGCGGAGAGCCCAGCUUACAGGGGUUGUCUCUGGAUGGAUCCCCCUGGAGAUGGUGGUGGCAGGAUGCCUCUCACACCGGGGUUAACAGCACCCUGUGGAUGAUCCCCUUGCUCAGCUGGACCAUACCUCACUUUCUUAUCACUUCAUGCAGUAGCUUGUCGUGGAUUUUAUGUUCUAGAAACUGCUGCUGUAACUGCGAGUCUUAUACUGGAGGCUGUGUUUUUUAUACUGUAUUUUUGUACCACUUUUUGAGAAGUAUUGGUAAAGAGUUUCCUUUUUUUUAUAUAUAUAUAUAUAUAAAAAUAAACUUUUUUUGGAGGGGGGUUCCUGCUGCAGGGGAGGGCUCACUCCUGCUGCACUUUAGGGAGAUCAGGAAGGGGCUGGCUCCUGCUGGACCUUUGAGCUGAGUCUUCAUGGAAGCUGUUUUCCCCCUUGCACCUCUCCAAACCACCAAUUUGCAAUAACAGGGGAUUUUUCCCUGUGAGCAUCCUUGUGACACCCCCCCCCCCCGGCCUUUCCCACCCUUGCAAGCACCUCCUGACCAGCAGCGACUUAAAAUCCCCAGCAAAGCUUUGGACUUUGCAGGGAGCCUGGCUGCAGGGGACUGGUUGGGUGCGUGGGGGGCUGUGCUGCCUUCAAGGCUUCCCCCUGCCUGUGCUAUCCUGCUGCCCAACCUGCAGUGGGCUGUGUGAGUGGUAGAGUCCCCUGUCCCCUCCCAGGGGUGCUCCUGCAGGAUGGCACCCUUGGGUCCCCACUGACCUGCUGAGAACUGUUAGAGUUAACACUGUGGUCGGAUUUAGCACUUUCUUCGUUACCUCACACUUCAUAAAUAAAUAAGUUUGCAACAGCCUGGGUUGGCUUUUUCCAUGCAGAUGGCAGUGGGUUUCCAUGCAUUGUGCCAUGAUGCUCCUGGCGGGGCUGGCCUGGCCACUGUGUUUUGGGGUGUCCUGGCAGCCGCUCAGGAACACAAAAAUUAAUAUAUUUUGCACCAGGGCUUGGCUGCCUUGCUGCCAGUAAGACUGAGCUCUUUGUCCUGGCUUUCUCCCAGCAAUUGAAACAGAAGUAGUUACAGUGGUGGGGCCAGGGAAACGAAUCACUGGGAUUAUUUUUCCUCCUUUUAGGUGGCUUUGUUGGCAAGGAGGGGCAGGGAGCCCACUCUGGGCUCAGAGGAGGCUUUGGUGUAACUGUAAACCCCCCUAAUAGUGCUCGGAGCAGUUGGUGUGGGGCGAUCGCUGCCCCGUGGGUCAGGGGACGGCGCUGUGGUUGGCAGUAACACUAUAGGGAGUGGGGAAUGCAAUCUACUCCCUUCAAGGGGCAUCGGACAACUUCAUAUACUCGGAUCUGCCGAGUGGAUGAAAUUAUAUAUAUGUGUGUUCUCCCUGCUGCACCUGAACCCGAUGCUUUUGGGUUUCCUUCAUAUUGGUGGUAAAAGUCUUACUCUAAAGGCAAGAGGGACAUGGGAUCCUGUUACCGCUGAGAAGUCAGAAAAGAGCUGCCGCUGCUGCAGGAGACUCAAUCACCAGGGUGAAGCCAGCCUUAAAAAGCAAUGAUUCUGUACGGAAGCUCUUAAAUAAACGCUCCCUUUGGUUCUGGCAACACUUCAUGCUUUCUGCAUGUUGUUACAUCGUACCAUGUCAAAGCGUUUUAGAGCUGUAUUAAAAGGCGCUCAGAGGAACCACAGUUUAA